AUGGCGUCCGAGGACUCCAACGGGGAGAAGGAGGAGUCCAUGAAGCUGAAGAAGGAGAUCUCGCUCCUCAACGGCGUGUGCCUGAUCGUGGGGAACAUGAUCGGGUCGGGGAUCUUCGUGUCCCCGAAGGGGGUCCUGAUCCACAGCGCCUCCUACGGGCUCUCCCUGGUGCUGUGGACGGCGGGGGGGAUCUUCUCCGUCUUCGGGGCGCUGUGCUACGCCGAGCUGGGCACCACCAUCACCAAGUCGGGGGCCUCCUACGCCUACAUCCUGGAGGCCUUCGGGGGCUUCCUGGCCUUUAUCCGGCUCUGGACAUCCCUGCUGAUAAUUGAGCCCACCAGCCAGGCCGUGAUCGCCAUCACCUUCUCAAACUACAUGGUACAGCCCGUUUUCCCCACCUGCAUCGCCCCCUACGUGGCCAACAGGCUGCUGGCCGCCGCCUGCAUAUGUCUGCUGACCUUUGUGAACUGCGCCUAUGUGAAGUGGGGCACCCGGGUCCAGGACUUCUUCACCUACGCCAAAGUCAUCGCCCUCAUCGCGGUCAUCAUCACGGGGCUGGUCAAGAUCGGACAAGGCCACACCCAGAACUUCGACGGGCUGUUCGACGGCUCCUCCCGGGACCCGGGGGACAUCGCCCUGGCUCUGUACUCGGCCCUCUUCUCUUACUCCGGCUGGGACACGCUCAACUUCGUCACCGAGGAGAUCAAAAACCCCGAAAGGAACCUGCCCCUGGCCAUCGCCAUCUCCAUGCCCAUCGUCACGGUCAUCUACAUCCUGACCAACGUGGCCUACUACGCCGUCCUGCCCAUGAACGCCAUCCUGGACAGCGACGCUGUGGCCGUGACCUUUGCUGACCGGGUGUUCGGCGUGAUGAACUGGACUAUCCCCUUCGCCGUGGCCCUCUCCUGCUUCGGGGGACUCAACGCCUCCAUCGUGGCGGCCUCCAGGAACCUGCCCCUGGCCAUCGCCAUCUCCAUGCCCAUCGUCACGGUCAUCUACAUCCUGACCAACGUGGCCUACUACGCCGGCUUCAUGGCGCUGAUCUACCUGUGCGUGGAGGACGUGUUCCGCCUCAUCAACUACUACAGCUUCAGCUACUGGUUCUUCGUGGGGCUCGACACCGUCAACUCCCUGAUCGGCAUCGGCAUCGCCCUGUCCGGCGUCCCCGUCUACUUCCUGUGCUGCAAAACGCCGGCCAGCCGGAGGCCGCUGUGGCUGCGCCGCUUCAUCGCCAAUUGCGGCGCCCUGAUUCAGAAGGCCUGCUUAUCGGUGGUGACCGAGAUGGACGUGGACAAGGCGGAGUAG